AUGAAAUACACACUCACAACAAGUUCUCUCCUGGCGCUCGCCAGCUCGGCUGCGGUGCUUGCACAGGACAACAACUGCUACGAGGAGAAGGGCAACUGGUAUUGCUCUGAAGUCCAAGCAAUCUCGUACUCCAACUUCGGCACUCCUGGGCAGUACCAGAAAGUCACCAAUAUGGGUUCGAGUGGUGAAUGUGAUCUUGGACCGCAAAGUUAUUCUGGAGGCAUGGCACCCAUGGAUGGCGAGGUGUCCUGGCAUUUCCGCGGUCCGAUCCAGCUGAAGCAGUUUGCCUUCUACACCGCUGGCUCGGAGAACGGCAAGCGGUCGACUAACUCCAACCCACACCAGAGGCGCUACGCCCACAAGCACCUCCACCACUCCGGUCCACCGGGUCCCGACGAUGAGAAAGAGGACCUUGCGGGACACAAGCGCGCGGUGGGUGAUUGGGUCACCGCCACGAUCAAUGGACAAGUCGUUUCGUGGGCCAACCAGUUCGACGGAGGCGCAGCUGCGACUCCAGCUCCAGCUCCUGCAGCUGGUGGCGAUGGUGACCAGAGAGUCCCGCCGGGAUCCGCAAGCGCGGCAUACUCUGCUCCUGCACCAGCCGCCAGCAUGAAUGCUGGUGCGGGAAAUUGGGGACGACAGGCCUACUACAACGCCGAGCAGGGCACUGCCAAAGGGCUUGUCUUCCUCAAUAAUCAUGGCGGUCAGGGCAGUGGUGUAUUCGACACCACCUGGGGUAUGUCGUUGUCGUACGCUUCCGCCGACAACAGUGCCGGCUCCGCCUCGCCCGUCACUCUCGCCGACACGUUGAUCCCAGAUAACAGCGAGUUCGUCAUCAUGAGCGACAAGCCUUGUUCAGAUGGAAGCUGCGGAACAGUCAGAGACGGCACAGUCGCAUACCAUGGCUUUGAUGGUGCUUCCAAGCUCUUCCUCCUCGAGUUUAGCAUGCCUCUCUCAGGAAAUACUGGCUUCAACGGCGAUAUGCCGGCCGCGUGGAUCCUCAACGCUCAAAUCCCCCGGACCAUCCAGUAUGGCAAAUGCUCGUGCUGGGACUCCGGCUGUGGCGAGUUCGACGUCUUCGAAGUCCUGGAUCCCGGUAAUCAGAAGUGCAAGUCCACUUGGCACGGCAUUAAGUCCAAAGGCGAUUCGAACUGGUUCCAGCGACCGAUCAGCGGUCCCAAGAAGGUCGCAGUAGUGUUUGAUGGCGGUGCCAGCACGGCACACAUUAUUGUGUUACCCGAUGACUUUAGCUUCGACAGCAUCGUCUCGGAAGCUACUAUCGCUGCAUCACUGAGCGCAAUCUCUGACCCGGCAAAGCAUAUUCAGAUUGCGUUGGACUCGUGA